GAAAGCCUUGACAACCGAAGUACCUUCGUUAUCAUCUUCAUCCUAUCUUUCAUUCGUUUAUUCCCUCUCUUUUUAGCCGAUCCAUUUUCAUUCAGGCUGUUUUGAGUAAUCUCGCUUUUGAACCCUCUCUCCACACAUCUUCACCUCCCCUUCCAUCUUUAGAUGUCUCCUCCCUCCGCGCGCGUGCUCUCUCUCUCUCUACCUCUCUACAUCUUCUGUCGUUUCAGUGCAUUCCCUCUUUCUUUCUCCCCCCUCUCGUCUCCGCACUCAUCCUCCCCUCGCCAUCACUUUUUAAUUGCUCGUAUCCUCCAUCUCUCCGUUUCGUCAUUUUUGGAUCUCACCCCUUACCCGCAUCCCUCCUCGUCCUUUCCUCGUUUGCCGGAUCCCGAAACCAGACCUCCUCUCAUCCCUCCCCUCCCUCGUUACGUCCCCCCUCCCUUCAUACUCGUGCUCGUUCUCUUCAAUGCUUAAGUCAGUCAAAGGGGAUACAGAGAAGAAAAGAGAAGCGAACGCCGGGCGCUGAGAGCGAGAGAAAGAGAGAAGGAGAAAAGCUGGAGGGAGAGAGGGGAGAGGGGGGUACGGGGGUUUGGAUACAUCUCCAUCUGACUUCUCUCUGCCAUGGACUGCCUCUGCAUAGUGACCACCAAGAAAUAUAGGUAUCAAGAUGAAGAGACUCCGCCCUUGGAGCAUAGUCCCGCCCACCUGGCUCACAGUAAAAGUGCUGAGAUGCUUCACAUGAGUGAUAAGAACCUGGCCGCCAUGGAUUCCAUGCACAGUUACGCUCCUCAUACACACAUCUCACCUAUAAAGCCAGUGUUGCUGUCAUCUGGUCAAACCCCUCUGUACACCUCUGCAGUCUCCACACUGGGCAACUCUCCACCAGUCGUGGUAAACACAGACACACUGGACGGCUCACCUUAUGUGAAUGGAGGAGAGGGGGAGAUUGAAUAUGAAGAAAUCACAUUGGAAAGGGGGAAUUCGGGUUUAGGCUUUAGUAUUGCUGGAGGAACUGAUAAUCCCCAUGUCGGUGACGACCCCAGCAUCUUCAUCACGAAAAUCAUUCCAGGAGGAGCCGCCGCACAGGACGGGAGACUCAGAGUAAAUGACAGCAUUUUGUUCGUGAAUGAUGUCGAUGUUCGGGAGGUGACACACAGUCAGGCUGUGGAGGCUCUUAAAGAGGCCGGGGCCAUCGUCCGACUUUACGUCCUGCGCCGAAAACCCAUCGCUGAGAAAGUCACCGAACUUAAACUCAUCAAAGGGCCAAAAGGUUUAGGUUUCAGUAUAGCGGGUGGUGUUGGUAACCAGCACAUCCCCGGAGACAACAGCAUUUAUGUCACAAAGAUUAUAGAGGGAGGAGCGGCUCAUAAAGACGGACGGCUACAGAUCGGUGAUAAAAUUCUUGCGGUGAACAAUGUUUGUUUGGAGGAUGUGAUGCAUGAAGAUGCUGUGGGUGCACUGAAGAACACAGCAGAGGUGGUCUACCUCAGAGUCGCCAAACCUAGCAACAUGUAUCUAACCAACAACUAUAACCCACCAGACCUCACAAGCACGUAUUCUCCACACAUGGACACAGAUCUUGGACAUCCAAACUAUCUGGGUUCAGAUUACCCACAAGCCCUCACUCCCACCUCACCAAGCCGCUUUUCUCCUGUGCUGCAUGGCCUUUUGGGAGACGAUGAUUUACCCAGGGACCCGAGGCGUGUUGUGAUCCACAGAGGAUCUACAGGUUUAGGGUUUAAUAUAGUUGGAGGGGAGGACGGUGAGGGAAUUUUCAUCUCUUUCAUUCUGGCUGGAGGUCCUGCAGACUUGAGCGGUGAACUUCGCAAGGGAGAUCAGAUCCUGAGUGUAAAUGGUGUGGAUCUACGAGCAGCUACACAUGAACAAGCAGCAGCGGCGUUAAAGAACGCAGGACAAACUGUGACCAUCAUCGCCCAAUACAGACCAGAAGAGUACAGUCGAUUCGAAGCAAAGAUUCAUGACCUCAGAGAGCAGUUAAUGAACAGCAGUAUGGGAUCUGGAACCACAACAUUACGCAGCAACCCGAAACGAGGAUUUUACAUCAGGGCUCUGUUCGACUACGAUAAGACAGCAGACUGCGGUUUUCUGAGUCAGGCCGUGGGUUUUAAAUUCGGAGAUGUGCUUCACGUUCUGGAUUGUGGAGAUGAGGAAUGGUGGCAGGCCUGUAGAGUCAGUCCACAGGGUGAGGAGGAGGAGGUGGGCUUCAUCCCCAGUAAGAGGAGAGUCGAGAGGAAAGAAUGGUCACGGUUGAAGUCUAAAGAAAGGGACCGAACUCGAGACAGUACAGGCUCGCAGGGACGAGAAGAGCAAGUACGGAGUUAUGAGACAGUUGCACAAGUGGAAGUACACUACGCCAGGCCCAUCAUUAUUCUGGGUCCCGUGAAGGACAGAGUGAACGACGAUCUGCUGUCUGAGUUCCCAGACAAGUUUGGAUCUUGUGUCCCUCAUACGACGCGACCCAAACGCGACUACGAGGUGGAUGGGCGCGACUAUCACUUUGUGUCGUCUCGAGAACAGAUGGAGAAAGACAUUCAGAACCAUCGCUUCAUUGAGGCGGGCCAAUACAACAGCCACCUGUACGGUACCAGCGUUCAGAGCGUGCGAGAGGUGGCCGAACAGCAAGGAAAGCACUGCAUUCUGGACGUGUCCGCAAACGCCGUUCGUAGGCUACAGGCGGCACAGCUUCACCCGAUCGCCAUUUUUGUACGACCCAGAUCACUGGAGAAUGUCCUAGAGAUCAACACGCGUCUGACUGAAGAGCAAGCCAGGAAAGGAAUGGACCGCGCUAUUAAACUGGAGCAAGAUUUCCUCGAGUGCUUUUCUGCGAUCGUGGAGGGUGACAGUUUCGAGGAGGUUUAUCACAAGGUUAAAACUGUGAUCGAGGAGCAGUCUGGGCCUUACAUCUGGAUUCCCACCAGGGAGCGCCUGUGAGCGCCGGACCUCCUCACCCGGUCACCGUUUGGCCAACCUGUCCUGGACUGCGGAGCUGCGACUCAAAAAGCUCACGAGAAACAGAGAGAGCGAGAGAGAGAGCGAACAGAAGAAAGACGUCACAAAAGCAACCGGAAAUGAAGCAUGGAGCAUCACACGCUUCCACUUCUGCCUUUCUAACUUCCUCCAUCUUUCUUUCUCUCUCUCUUUCUCUCUCCGUCUUUCUCUGUUUCUCUCUGAAUAACGUCCUCUUCCACAGGACUGGUGGGCUGUUUUUACUGUCACAAACCGGAAAGCUCAGAGAAAUUUUGUAUAUUGUCAGAUUCCCAGUCUCUCCAAACAAGACAGAACACGGAGAGAGAGAGAGAGAGACGGGCGAGCGCCUUUGCUUUUACUGGAAUGAGACAUUGAAGAGCUGAGAGAAGCUCAUUUUACAUUACUGUAGGGUGGUGAAUUGAACUGAAUUAUAAAAAAGUAUAUUUAUCAGUAUCAGUAAUGCUCUGAAAAAUCUUCAGUAUCAAAGAUAUUAUGACUUGUCAGAGACCGCGGUUCGAUCGGUCGCCCACAGAUAUCGGCAUCAAGGGCAUUUUUGACUUUUUAAGCGCUUGUUUGUGCUUCCUGAAAUCCAGGAUGUGCUGGGACGAUCGCUUCAGUUAUUUGAAUGUUCCCCUUAUAUAGUUUACAGUUAGUUCAUUGCAGUGUAUGAAUCUAAGAGGAAAUGUUUGGAUGGAAAGAGAAUCCAUGCAUUAUUAUUGAAAGUCACAUGAUUGAUUUUCUUCUGAUUUUCAGUUUUCAUUCGUUUUCUCCGGCUCACAACGCACACGGAAACAGACACGCGCACAUGUCCUGUAAAGCCUUUUAUCAUUUUUGCAAUAGAUCCCUAAGUGACUCCAGGCUGCUCUUUAACGUGCAAUAUCUUCAGCGUUUGUUCUUCCAUAACCUAUCAUGAAGUAAACCGUUUAAGUCAUGCUUAAAACACAAA